UGCCAAGAAAACGGGUGAAUGCAGGAAUGCUUCGCUGCAUUAGGGCGAGAGGAGUACACGAGCGAGAGCGCGAUAGGCAAAGUAGAUGUGUCGAUUCUUCCUCUCUCCGUCGUAUUGAGCUGCCGAUGCCGCGGGAGUAGGGGCCGCCCUAUCGAGUCGGAAUUCUGGUUGGACAAUGAAGGCGAGCGGCGCCGAGGACGGCGGAAGGCCGGCGGGCUCGCCGGCCCCACCGCCUCCAUCUCUCGAGUGGAAAUUCUCGCAGGUGUUCGGGGAGCGGAUGGCGGGGGAAGAGGUCCACGAAGUUGAUAUUAUCUCAGCCAUUGAAUUUGAUAAAUCUGGAGACCAUCUUGCUACUGGAGAUCGAGGAGGACGUGUUGUUUUAUUUGAGAGGACAGAUGUUACAAAUCAUGGUUUGCGGAAGGAUCUGGAGAAGCAAGAUUAUCCAAUUAGCAGACACCCUGAGUUCCGCUACAAAACUGAGUUUCAAAGUCAUGAACCUGAGUUUGACUAUCUCAAAAGCUUGGAAAUAGAGGAGAAGAUCAACAAAAUUAAAUGGUGUCAACCAGCCAAUCAUGCUCUUUUUCUUCUUUCUACGAAUGACAAGACAAUUAAAUAUUGGAAGGUAAAAGAAAGAAAAGUCAAGAAAAUUUCUGAGAUGAAUGUGGAUGCUUCAAUAGCUGAACAAAAUGGCAACAUUGCUAGUUCAAGCGUGAAUUGUCCUGGUGGAUAUCUUCCAAAUGGUGGAUGUUCUGAGAGGCCAUACAAUCACCUCAACAACGAGUUGUCGUUUCCCCCUGGAAGGCUUCCAUCACUACGUCUGCCCAUGGUAGUGACAAGCCAAGAUACCAAUCCCAUUGCCAGAUGUCGAAGGAUAUAUGCUCAUGCUCAUGAUUACCACAUAAAUUCCAUUUCAAAUAACAGUGAUGGUGAGACGUUUAUAUCAGCAGACGACCUACGAAUAAAUCUUUGGAAUUUAGAGAUCAGCAAUCAGAGCUUCAAUAUUGUUGAUGUGAAGCCUGCAAAUAUGGAGGAUCUAACUGAGGUGAUUACAUCUGCAGAAUUCCAUCCAACCCAUUGUAACAUGCUGGCAUAUAGUAGCUCAAAAGGAUCAAUCCGGCUUAUUGAUUUGCGGCAGUCGGCAUUAUGCGAUAACCAUUCUAAGAUGUUUGAGGAACGUGACACACCUGGUUCAAGAUCAUUUUUCACGGAAAUCAUUGCUUCGAUUUCAGAUAUUAAAUUUGCAAAGGAUGAAAGGCACAUCCUUAGUCGUGAUUAUAUGACUCUUAAGCUAUGGGACAUAAAUAUGGAGUCAGGUCCAGUUGCAACUUUUCAAGUCCAUGAGUAUUUGAGGCCCAAGCUAUGUGAUCUAUAUGAGAAUGAUUCGAUCUUUGACAAAUUUGAUUGCUGCCAAAGUGGAGAUGGGUUGCGUGUGGCAACUGGUUCUUACAGCAAUCUUUUUCGUGUUUUUGGCUGUAUGACUGGAAGCAAUGAAGCAACUACGUUGGAGGCUAGUAAAAAUCCAAUGAGGCAACAAGUGCAAACCCCUUCAAGGCCUGCAAGAUCUCUGAGCACCUUGACACGUGUUGUCAGACGAGGAUCAGAAAGCCCUGCAGUCGAUGCCAAUGGAAACACAUAUGAUUUCACAACCAAAUUACUCCAUUUAGCUUGGCACCCAACUGAAAAUCUGAUUGCCUGUGCUGCUAUGAACAGCUUGUACAUGUAUUAUGCAUGAAGAUGUGAGGAGGAUGUGUAGGUGAUUUUUACGCGUUCACAUCGUCUCCAGAAGAUGGUAUGCAAAUUCAUGAGGCAAUUCAGAUCUUCCAUUUGCAGGGCGGCUGCUUUUGAUUGAUUCUUUGGAAAAAGAUUGACUAGUAGUGUUCUAUUUCGGGGUCCCAAGUAAACUGUCGCUCUCUCAUUCCAUACUCCAGUCUCCAAAGAGCUGUUCAGGAGCGGGGAUGAAAGGGCAUGGGAGCUUGUGACGUUGGGUUUUCAUGUCAGUGCUUGUGAAAGCUCCUAUCAUGAUUAUUGUUAACAUGUAUGUACACACUGAGAUGUGUCAGCUUCUUGAUCGUUCGAUCAUGAUAGCCUUGCAGUUUAGAAAUUGCUCAAACGACUUAAUGUCUAUCUCCAUCGAUAAUUAAUUUGUUAAGCUGUCAAAUAAACAGGCUUGGUUGCCUUCUUGUAUGAUCGCUUGUUCUGUUUUAUCCCUGAAUUCAUAGAUAUAAUGUUUUUUGGUAAA